GGGGGCCUGGGGCUGUGCUGGACUCCAUCUCCCAUCAGCCCCAUCUCCCAGCCUGCUUGGUUGGGGUGGUGGGAUUCGUAGUCCAGCAGGCUCCGUUUACCUCUCCCUGAGGCGACGGCAAUAUUCACCUCUACGGUCUUGCAUUGUCUCAUCUUUGUCUCCUCACAUCUGUCCGGCACGCCACUCUGGAAGUGAGACACCUCCUUCUGGCUUCCUGUCUCUUCUUGCAUUCUGCACAAGCUCCACGUCCUUGUCUCCAAAGGUCUCUGUAGCCCUGUUACAACCAACACCCUGUUAGGUUUCUGCUUGUGACCUUGGCUCCUCCAGCUCUACCACCCUCGGCCGUCCUAAAGUCUCCUGCUCCCUCAAAAUACUCUACCCUUUCUCCCCUUAUGCUUGAAACUGUCUCUCAGAACACCUGUGUGGUGUUUCCUAAUUUUUUAAAUUCCUCCUCAAAUCCUACUUUUUCAGUGAGGCCCUUGGCUCAGCUCCCUAGUUCCUAUGCCUUGCUGCAACUAAGGCUGUAACUGAGCCUAAGCAAUUGUAACACAAACAAUUGUGUGUUCUUUCCCUGUUUAUCCUCGCCUCCACCUUUAUUUCUCAGGGCCCACGUAACCCAGCAGGGCUACCAGGAUUGAUGCUCUGUAUCCACCACAAUUUAGACUCCUUAGUAGCAGCACUGCUGUAGUCACCAGCAUCCUGCUCCCUUCACAGGCUUGCCUGUGAGCUUGCCUGAGAUCCCAGUAAUGUACAGUAAUGGAUGAAUUGCUGAGCAGUCACUCUACUCUACUCCCAGCCCAUUGCAGCAACACCACAACAGCUGAGCCAGUAGGAGGCUGAUAAUUGCUCCACCACCUCCCUGUGUGCUGUCAUGGACCUUUUCAGAGAUGGUGACAGCUCUGUAAUGGGCCAGGAACUGAGUGGUUGCUUGGGACCUUGCCUAUUAUAGUGCCACUGUGGAUAAGUGUGAGGGGAGACUGGUGGCUGCAGGAACAUCACCACUAGAGGGCCCAAGGGGCAGCAGAUCCUGAAAUGUAUGUUUUGGUUUGUGCUGGGGGCUCCACUGAAGACAGCCUGCCCUGUACCCCCUUUAAAAAAAACUGGAGCCAAACUGUUCCCCCCUGAGUUGAAAUUUAAAUUAAAAGCUCCCCUGGGCAGGGGCCUGCCCUCAUACUCUGUAAAGUACCAUGCACAGUGAGGAUGCUAUAUAAAUAAAAAGUGACAUCUGUGGAGCUGGUGGGUAUUCAGGAAUUCUUGAGGGAGGUGACCUUAUGUUACUGCUAUGAAGCACUAAGUCUAUUGGUCUUUGGAUGUACCACAUUUUGCAAAUUGAGGCAAAUAAGACCCUAUUAAUGAUUUGGUGCUCUGGUUCAUGGGGUCACGAAGAGUCGGACACGACUAAACAACAACAACAACAAAUGAUUUGGUGGGAUAUCUAACAGGGCCUUUCACCUGUUGCAGAAAAAGAAAUGGCCAGGUCGAAACACACAACUGAAUUAACAUAGGGAGUGCCUUUUGCUAGAGGAUUCUCUGUCAUUAAGGUAGAUCACAAGCUAAGGCAUGCCCCCUAGAAACUGAAGAUAACCUAUUGGCAUGUCAGAGUCUUGCACCUCAUUCAUUUCCACCUCUAGCUAAAGUUGCUUAUAAGGUUACGUUUCACCUGUUGGCAUGGGACAUAUGAUAGCUUGAUUUUCAUUUGAGGUUUAAAAAUACCUUUGUGAUGUUAGUCACUUCAAACUCUUGCAAUCUUUACCAUCUUCAUCAGUAAGACUGCUUACUCCUGCCUGGGAAGGAGGCAUCCAUGUUCCAUGGAGCCCCAAGGAAUUGUCAAAGCUUUCCCCAAACGAAAGAAGAUAAGAAAUGAUUCACAGAAGGCAGUGCUUUCAAAGGUACUGAAAGAAGAAACCAAGAAUGAGCAAGCAUGGCUGGAGCCAAUCACUGCCUAUGUGCUGCAAGCAGGUAUUGGCCAGGCUAGAGCUGAGAUCUUCCGCAAGCAGAUCAUCCAGAAUGGGGGAAGUGUCUGCAGCCAGCUUUCCCCAGAUGUGACACAUGUUAUAGUGGAUGAAGGCAUGGACUGUGACCGAGCUUUCCGGCUUCUCAAACUAGCCAAGUUACCCCAGGGAUUGCAACUGGUGAAGGCAUCCUGGCUGAGUUCCUGUAUUGCAGCACAGCAGAUCUUGAAGACUACUGGCUACAGCCUCUUCAUCCCGGAGAAGUAUCUGGAUGUGCCAGACACUUCAAAGCAGCAAUCACAACUUCUGGAUGAAGUGAUGGUCCAGCCUCAAAUGGAGAGUGCAGUCCUGGCACUGAAGGAUGAAUCUCAGGCAGAGGUUUCCAGCACUCCCUGUAGUGCAGCAAAUUCCUCAGGACAGCAAGAAGUAAAAGGGACAAUCUUGGACAACGAGGGAACUGAAGGGGAAGAGCCUGUUGUCACUCUGGGAGAACUGGAAGCACUGAGGUCAGGCCAAGACCCAAACACUUUGCCAGGAGACUCUUCUGUGGCGCUUCCCACUAGCAAGUGGGUUUGUGCCCACUCCUCUGCAAGCAAGAAAAUUAAUCAUAACCAGAGCAUUACAGAGAAGCUGGAGCAGCUGGCAAAAGCCUACUCUGUCCAAGGCGACAAGUGGAGGGCUCUGGGUUACUCAAAAGCCAUAAACGCCCUCAAAAGCUACCACAAGCCAAUCGCCUCAUAUCAGGAAGCCUGCAAAAUCCCUGGAAUUGGGAAGCAGAUGGCAGAAAAGAUUGUGGAGAUCCUGGAGAGUGGGCACCUUCGAAAGCUGGACCACAUCAGUGAGAGUGUGUCAGUGCUGGAAACAUUUUCCAAUAUCUGGGGAGCAGGAGUCAAGACUGCUCAGAUGUGGUACCAGCAGGGCUUCCGCACUCUGGAUGACAUUCGCACUCAGGCUUCCCUCACCAGCCAGCAGGCCAUUGGCUUGAAGCACUAUGAGGACUUCUUGGAGCGCAUGCCACGUGAAGAAGCUGCCCAAAUUGAGGAGACGGUCAGAGAAGCAGCCCUGUGGAUCAAUCCUGGGCUGCUGUGUGUCGCGUGUGGCUCGUUCCGGCGGGAAAGGUCCACCUGUGGGGAUGUGGAUGUGCUGGUGACUCACCCCGAUGGGCACUCACACCAAGGAGUGUUCAGCAAGCUGCUCGAUAGUCUCCGGAAAAGUGGCUUCCUGACAGAUGAUUUGGUGAGUCAAGAAGACAAUGGAAGCCAGAAGAAAUACCUCGGGGUCUGUCGUCUGCCAGGAUCAGGCCGGCGCCACCGGCGCCUUGACAUCAUUGUGGUGCCCUACAGUGAGUUUGCUUGUGCCCUGCUCUACUUCACUGGCUCAGCCCACUUCAACCGCUCCAUGAGAGCUCUGGCCAAGACCAAGGGCAUGAGCCUGUCGGAGCAUGCCCUCAGCAGUGGGGUGGUGCGUGGAGCCGGUGGCCUCAAAACAGUGCCUGGCAUGGCCCUGUCCACUCCCACCGAGAGGGAUAUCUUCAGUCACCUGGGGCUGCCUUACCGGGAGCCCCCCGAGCGGGACUGGUGACAAAGGACAGGAAGAGAGCUAUUUGAGGAUGCCCUCAUGGUGCUUGCAUGUGACUCACUUGGGACCUUCCAGCCUCUGCAGGCUUGUCUGCUUUCCUUGGCAAAUUCUUGCAGGUGCUAAAGACAGGAGGACUUGUGUGAUUAAGGGGAGCUGGGCCUUCUCUGUGUACUGGGAGGAAAAGCCCAAGGCCCUGAAUGGAUUCAGUUUUUUAAUGGAUUGCCAUUAGAGAGGCACUAAGGGCAAAUUAACCUACCUCACUGGUCAGUUUUAAUGAAUGAAUGAGAAAAUUUGUAAAGUGAUUUUGCACAUUGAAACUCCCAUGUAAAGGUGGAGGAAGAGUGGUGGGGGGAAUGAAUAGAUUUUUAAGAGUGGGUUUUAAAUACACCUUUGCAAAGGUACCAUCCUUUUAAGGCUGCUAGCUUCUCUUAUUUGAGGAGGCUGCUUUUCUGCUAAGGCUGUACAUUUGAGAGAGGGGGUUCGUGGUUUGUUUGCCAAGAAAGGAAGUGUCAUGAAUUACCAUCUUGGGAUUAAUCUCUUCUAGCUGACAUUAUAUUCUCCCUCUCAUCCCACUGCUGGCCUUGGAAAAUGUUUUAAAGGUUUUGGAAUCCUAUCCUUCCCCAAAUGGUGGCACAGGAUUGUUUAUUUGCAUAAUUUAUGCUAACUGUAGAGCUUGGUAUGGUUUCAGGAUUUGGAACUUCUUGUUAGUACUUUCCGGAGGUGAAUAAAGGAGAGGGAGCUACUGAAUGCAGCAAGCCAGUAGGGAAGGGACAGAGAACGGCAUGAAGUGAAGAUGCGGCAGGAGGAUAGCUUUGGAUGGAAUAACUUGGAGGUACUUUUCAAGCACUAAGAAAAAUCAGGCAGUGAAACAACUUUGGGGUAUAUGCUUCUCUGACUACCAAGAAGAGGCUGAAUCGGCAUCUCUCAAGAACGUUUCAGAUAUAGUUUGCAGUUAAAUAUCAAACUUCUGUGCCAAGGUAAACAUAAUUCCGUACUAAUUUGUUAUUUCUUUGUUAAAUUGCUAUAUUGCCCUUCAUCCAAGGAUCACAGAGCAUUUACAAUAUAAAAAAUACACUCAUUGACGUUCAUCUACCCAGAAAUGCUGCUGAAACACCCGUACACUACUGAGACUCCUUGAAGCACUACCUGCACUUUGCCUUAGCUGAUGAGUCAGAACUUAUUGGAAGUUGCCUAAUACCAGAUCGGACUAUUUUUCCAUCUAGCCCAAUAAUGUCUACUCUGACUGACAGUGGCUCUCCAGGGUCUCAGGCAGGGAUAUUCCCAGUCUCUUGCUACAUGAUCCUUUUAAGUAGGAGAUGCUAGAAAAGGUCUGGGACCACCUGUAUGCAGGACAGGUGCUCUGCCACUGAAUCAUGGGCCCUUCCCAGUUCUUGUUAGACUAGGUGACCCUUAGGGAAAUACACCGUAGUGAGCUGUAGUUAUCACCUUAGCCGCACAGUUUCCUUUGCCCACCUCCAUGUUGUACCUCUGCAGUGUAUCGCUUGGGGAUCAGCGCAAUAAGGUUCCCUUGUGCUCUGUUAAAGGAUUGCUGUGAUUGCUGAAAGACAAUAAAACCUGUUAACAUGUUUUAAGUUCUGUUAUGAAUUAGAUCCUUGGUUGGACUAAUGAUGCAACAGUACGCUUCCGAGCACAGUUCAAAGUGUUGGUGCUGACCUUUAAAGCCCUAAAUGGCCUCGGUCCAGUAUACCUGAAGGAGCGUCUCCACCCCUAUCGUUCUGCCCGGACACUGAGGUCCAGCACCGAGGGCCUUCUGACGGUUCCCUCGUUGCGAGAAACCAAGUUGCAGGGAACCAGGCAGAGGGCCUUCUCGGUGGUGGCGCCCGCCCUGUGGAACGCCCUCCCAUCAGAUGUCAAAGAGAAAAACAGCUACCAGAUUUUUAGAAGACAUCUGAAGGCAGCCCUGUUUAGGGAGCCUUUUAAUGUUUAAUAGAUUAUUUUAUUUCAUUUUUCUGUUGAAAGCCGCCCAGAGUGGCUGGGGAAACCCAGCCAGAUGGGCGAGGUAUAAAUAAUAAAAUAAUAUUAUUAUAUUAUAACAGGGAUGGCAUUCUAAAGCUGCCUCCAUGUUCGCUGUAAGUACCGCCUGGAUGCUGUGUAAUGCUCCCAUCAAGGAAUUUGAAAUUGCUAAUGCAGUGAAGAACUUGAGGGGGAAAGGAGAAGGAAUACAACCUACUUAGCAACUAAAUUGAAAAGUGGCUUAAUCUGGUAUGGGGGGGCAUCUUUUCCCCAAUAUAAUAUUAUUGAGGAGCCAAUAGACUCUUUGAUCUGUCAUGGAGAUGUAGAACAAGACCCUUUAUACAGUAAUUGGACUAAUUCAGAUCAGUGCUGGUCUGCAAUAGGAUUUUGUGGAUUGGCCUGUUGGCGAGUGAUGGAACUGUUAAUGGGAAAGUAAAAGUGUUUGAAGUGCUCUCCAUCUUGUUACUGUAUUGUUGCUUUAGAAAACAAGCUCAGUAGGAUACGUUGGUCACAGUGCGGCUUGGAGGGCAAUUCCUGGCCUGCCUAAAAGUAAAGCUAGAGGAACUGCUGGACCACAAUCCUGCUAGCUCUCUUCCCCCCUUUAUCUGAGUUCAGAAGGCACAGCGCUUUCCCUGCCCUUUGUCAGUAGCUUUGUGCUGGUGGCAGGGAGCCACAAUUCACACCCAGGCACUAACCACAGCUCCAAAUCAUCAAAGCCUCCUUCUCCUGCACGGAAGGCCCCCCCCCAUGUGUUGUUUCUUUUACAAUGACUGGGGUGGGCACUUGGUGGUAAGAGUUUCAAGGCAGCAGCGUACUUGCAGCUUCCCUAAAUGGAGCCUCUGCACUGUAGUUUAUGAGGGGGGUCUCAUUUCAACUCUGAUGACUGUAAUCUUCUUUUAUAAUGGAUUUUUUUUCCUUCCCAGAGAUUUGGCCUGUGGCGAGAGCAGAAGGGAGACUUGGCCCCUGUGAGAAAAUUCACAGUGCUAGAUCACAUGUAGUUGUCAAAGUCAUUAGCCACUAGUUGCAUUUUCACUGUAUCACAGGCCUCCCCUCUCCAGCUCUUCAAGGAGAUACUCCUUAUGCUUGCUAGGGUAAUGAGACCUGGGGGUGUUUUACUGGCAGCGCAGGUUCACAUGGUUGUUGCUGUAAGUCAGGACAACCCCACCACCUCCUGCAGGUGUGUGUCUAAAGACAGGUCCCACAGUUUCAAGUGGACCCUCCUUCCUGAAUGCCUGCACUCUCAAAACACAGUGCUUAAGGUAAAAAUGAGGAAGCUCUGAACUUCCAGGUGCUGUUGGACUCCCAACUCCCAUCAGUCCCAGCUAGUAUGACCAAGUGGUCAGGGUCGGUGGGAGUUGUGGUGCAAUUACCGGUACACUAAUAGAAUUGUAAAGUUGGAAGGAACCACAAGGGUUAUCUAGUUCAACCCCCUGCAAUGCGGGAAUCUUCUGUCCAAUAUGGGGCUUGAACUCAUGAUCCUGAGAUCAAUAAUAAUAAUAAUGGGCAGCUCCCAACAGAACAUUAAAAACAUGAUAAAAUAUCAAACAUUAAAAGCUUCCCUAAGAUCAAGAGUCUCGUGGUCUACCAACUGACUUAUCCCAGGUUGCCCAUCCCUGCUUUGAGCCCUGCUGGUCGUAUCCUCACUUCUGCAAUGCAGACAGAAGCCAUAUGCCCUACACUGAAUAUUUCAGUCUGUGUUGCUAAAGGUCUGGACAGACACCUACAGAAAUGCUGCCUACCUGUAGGGUGACAGGAGGCAAGGGAGGACUGAGCUCUUGUGCCAUUAAAUAUUAGUGUUGAGUAAGUGUUGCUUUCUUUUGGUUCUGCAUUACUAGAACCACCUGCCCCAAACCACUCUUCUCUUAAAGGUACAAGAGCCUUUCCUUCCUUUGCAGCUCAUCACUCUGGAGCUCCUGCCUGAACUAGACCAACCGGUUUAUGUCAUGGUGAGCUAUGGGGAAAAGGCCAGAUUUGUAUUGCUUUCUACUUUGAGCAAUCUGAAAUGGCAUUUAAUGUAAUUUCUUCAUUGGAGAAACUUUAAAAAGUGGUCCUCCAUGAUUUUUGGUCACAGUAUCCAGUUGUGCUGAGAUCCGUACUUGAGAUUAGUAAACUGGUGGCAUGAUUUCUGAAGUACAGACAAAUAACUUGGAUCUUAAGAUAAGGUAGUGGAAGGAAAGUUCCCCUCUUCUCCAUGCAACCACCUGCCUCUCCAGGUGUUUGGGGGCCUCUCGGACAAAGGACAACUCUGGGUGAUUCUACCCAGCAACUGCUCAGACCCAUUCCACAUUGUUCUGGAGUCCCCUCUCCAAGAGGUUUGGGGGGGGCAGGGGGGAGAAGCUUUCGCUCCAUCAGCUUCCUUAAUUACAGCUAAUCCACACCUCUCGUCCAUUUGACUUUACAUCAGAACAUGUAUUCUCACAAUCUUGAAUGAGCACAAGUAUAUGAGACAUUAUUCAUACAAUAUGACAACUGCAUCUGUUUACAUCAAGAUUAUACUGAUGUUUACAAUAACAAUAAUAAUAAUUUACAAAAGACAUCAUGCAGUUCUCAAAGCAGCAACCGCUCCUCUUCGCUCUUGCAAUUCGAACAAUCUUAAAUUUGUCAUCUCAGCAGUUGUCCCAUGUUCAUACGUUAUAACUAGAACUCCCAAUACGUUGGACUACAACUCCCAUCAUCCCCGACAAUGGCCUUUGCUGGCUGGGACUUGGAGUCCAACAUCCUCUGGAAGAGGAAGUUUCCUGGGCUGGGUUUUACACUUUUUGCUUGGUCCUUGGUAAGCUCACCCUCUACCAUCGAGAGCUACUAGUUUCCCUUUUUAUCCUGGGUUGACAUAAGCAAUUUUCAUGCAUCUCCAUUCAAGUUGCUUGGCUCCCCAAUUCAGACCAUGCACAUUGUGUGUAAUAAGGGGGUCCUCUUGUGGUCAAGACAUGUAACGACAUGUUCUGCUAACUCCCUUUUUAUAGGCAGAAUCCAGUGCAUGUUUCUGUGAUGAUCUCAGAAGGUUCCACCCUUUUGUAGCCUGCAGACUAUUUUGGUGGCCAGGAAAGUCCCUAUGCAUGAAAUACUAUGGGUCUUGGGAAGACACCUUAGGAGCUGUGGGACAAACCAGCUCUCCUCUCAAUAAGGAGGCGGAGUUCUGAUGUUAGAGAGGGUGAUUCAUGUUGGGGCAGUUUGGGGUGCAUGCUGGAGAACUGCAAGCCAUUCCGGUUCCUUUUCCCAACCAGAGAAAAAUUUAGAUAAUCUCUGAAGCUGCUUUAAAUCCUGUGAAUUUCCCAUGGUUCCCAAUGGGAGAGAAACCAUAUAUUCACAAUCAUAUAGGCUAGAAACUUGCUUCUAACAAGGGGAAGAAAACUGAAGUUCUCAGAUGGCCAGGGACCUAUUCUGAAUUUUCUGUUCUUCUAUGGCGUUGCAGCAUACACACCAACUUAGUCUGAGGGAUCUCUAAAAUGUUUGUCCAACUGCUCUAAAGCAGGGAUUCCAAGACAUUCCUGACUGCCACCUCUUAUACUUCUUUUUCUGAUAAAACUUAGGGGAAAUGUUUUGGAAAAGAAAAGGUUAUCCCCUAACUUUUCUCAGUAACUUGUCCCAUUGCUUGUUUCUGUUUUAUUAUUUGAGUUCCACUAAAUACCUACCACUGCACCAUAAAACUGUUGCUUUCACCCUUUCUUCUGUCACAGUGAAGCAUAGCUGUCAUUCCCGCUCCUUGAGAGCAGCUUAUAAGUAUUUAAAACCACGUUCCAACUUAAUCUGCCUUUGUCUACAAUAAAUAUGUUUUAUUGUCUUCAACCUCUCUGCAUGUCUUGCAUCCCACUGCUUUUUUCCUCUGAAUUUAUUUCAGUGUGUUAAUAUCCAUUCACAACAUGACUAUCAAAGCUGGGUGCUUUCCCCUUCCAUUUGUAGGCACAAGCGCUGUAAAGCAGGCCUGUGCCUCCAGUACAGAGUUGCUUCUAAUGCAUCUUCCAAACAGCAUUUGCCUUUCUGGGAGCAGCAUCGCCUGUCUGACUCAUGUUCAGCUUAUGACUUCCUAUAGCCCCUAGAUUCCCUGCCUGUCAUCGUAAUUAAUUGCGCAAAGACCUCUUCCACUGAGAUAAAGUUAGAUGAGCAAAAUAUCACUUCUGAGAUGCAGCUGAACAGCCUGGAAUGUUUGCCCAGGAAUGGCGCACCGCCGUGCAGCUGAGCAUGGAAGAAAUCCACGCCUCCUGCAAUUAUAUCAUCUCACAAUUAUACAUGGCAUUUUGUGUAAAUUCAAACAAAUUACUGACACACACGGAGCAUAAUUGUCAACCUCCUUCAAUGCAUGGACUUCUGUAGGAGGAGACCCUUGGAUAAAGCGGUUAAGGUUUCACAGGAUGAUAAUGUGUGGGUUGUAAGUGGCUUCGUGAAACUUCUCUCCUGGAAUAGGGUGUGGAAGAAUUUCAUGACACAUUCUGGUACGUUUGUUCAUUUAGUGGUUGGUAAAUGCAGUUCGUUAUAAAUGAAAUGAAAAGCCUAGGAAAUAGGAUGAGAAGGACGAACAUUUAUAGAGCAGGUGAAUUCUACCUCGUAGGUUCAGUAACCAUGAAUUAUGUUUUGGCCUGCGGUAGAUGUUGAACAGGAAGGAGGUAGAGGACUCUUAACUGCUAGGGGUAUUUAUGAGGUUGCCCAUGCAGGUAAACUCUUGGAGAGUGGCAGGGGCAGCUAGCCAGACCCGAAGGAGGACCAGUCUGAAUGCCAGGCUCUCUCUGCUCUUUUUGGACUACUACUUUUCCCAAAUGAAAAAAUGUGAAAUUAAGACAUGUUGACUUUGCUCCACUGAUUUUUGGCAUUAGGAGCAGGUAUGAGCCGCAUGGUUUGUUCCUUUGCGAACACGUUCAGAAACUUAAGAUGGGUAUAAGGCUCUCACUAGGUGGCCUCUGAUGCUGGGUUAUUCUUUUUCUGGGAAGCUCCUACCCCUGCGCAUAGACUGUGAGUCUGAUGAUCCUGAAAAUUAAAAUUCAGCUAAAUGCUGCAGCAGAUUAGUUGGAGAAGAAGCCCAAGGAAAUGGGAAUUGGGGCUUCCUGGGGUGGAGUAACAACCCUUACAACUCUAGUCCCAGAGAAAACUGCUGCAUAUUGCUUUCAUCUUAAGUACCUUUGCAUUAGCAAUGCACUCCACUUUUAAAAAUUACUGCAAGGUGACAUUUCCUACCUUGCAAUAAAUGAUGUUGUCAUUGUGUUAGUCCAAAGGAUGGGGGAGAAAUUUGAUUGUUUGCAUUUAAAGGAGAACUUACCUAAUUCACACUAUUUUGAAACGUGCAGACUGAAACACAGCUAUCCUCUGAAAUCUGCCCAUCUCUGAAUUUUGCAGUUCAGUUCCCCAGCUGUGUAGUUUGUUCUGUAAUGUAUAUACUAGGUGUGAAUAUAAAUGCAUAUUUUAGUAAAAAUAACACAUUAAGGAAAAAUGCUUUGCAAAAAGAAAUGUACACUAGGAAACAUCACAUACCAAAAGUGUAAAUUGAGAGAAAGUUGCACUACAAUUCUGAUGAAUUUUCAUGAAAACUUGUUUAUUUAAAAAAAAAAUGCUAACUCUUGUGUAAAUGUGGAGAAUCGAAUUUAAGAUUGCAAAAAUGACAGAGAAACCAAAAUCAAUACCUUUGCCCAUCCCCUGCUAGCCCUUUUCUUUAAAAAGGUCAUAACCCAGUGCAAUACUAUUGGCAAGUCUACAUGAUUAACCUGGUGUGCCACUAUGGCUGGGGUUGUUGCAGUCCAAAUACAUCUGGAGGGCACCAGGUUGGGGAAGUGUUAAAGGCCUUGGGAUUCUGGUGAACAGGGCAUUGACCAUUAAUCUCCCACUGGGGCUGCCUAAGGCUGUGAAGCAGGGUCCUCUUUCUGCUGCUCUCCCUCAUUCCUGAUGCACAGCUGAUCUGCUAUCUUAGGCAAAGGCUAUCCCCGGUGCAGCUCUGAGAAGCACCCCCUCCACCUCAAUGAGUAGAACAAGUCUCCAGAGUGAAUGCAGGCUCUGUAAGGUAGGGCCCAUCACCUGCUAUCAGGGACGGGCAGAAUGCUGAAGAGUGUGCACCAGGGAAAGUGGGACUGGAGUUUUGAAAGGGGAUCAGUGAUUUGUGGUGAACUGUUCUGGAUAGGAGGCAAGAGCUGGAGAAAGGGGAAGCUUCAGAGCAGGAGCACAGGAUGGGUCGGAAGAAGAGGAGGAAAAGGCAAGUGAAGGGCCAGCUGCUUUCCCACUUUCUCCUGCACCACUGUCUCCCAGAACCAGGAGGGGACUGAAAAGGGAUGAGCAGAAGAAGUUGCAACACAGGCGCAGUCUCUGGCUGCGUGUGCGCAGCUCGUCAGCGGAAGGUACAUAAACUGGUGGAGGGGACUGGUUGCUGCUGCAACUGCUCCAUAGAGCGCGGACCUGGGAAUAGCUGCCUAGACACUAGACUGGUGUGCGUAGAUAUCCAGAACUGUAGAAGAGACUAUAAGGACUCAGCUAUACAGCUGCAAAUAAAACGUUUUAAGUGCAAUAUACAAUGUGACACUAGAUGGCAAUGGUGAGCCCUAUGGAAAAUUCAGUGUUUUUUUAAUUUAAAAAACCAUUUCCAGAACGUUUUAAACGUGUGUGUAGAUUCCACCUAAGUGUUACUUACAACAAAUACUUCACUAUCCGCCGUGUGCAUUUCUUUGGCUGGAAAACAACCUUGACACCUUAGCUUCAGUAAAGUAUCUGCGUCAUGUUCCACCCUCAAGUAGUGGAAGCCAAAUGAGGCACUGCCCCACCAACCUCAGCUAGCCCUCACCUACCUUGCCUUUUUACCUGUAACCAGUCCAAGAGGCAGCAGCAACUGCCAGCUUCCUCCUCCCUAGUCUCAGUGUUGCACCUGGUAGAACUCAGCAAGGAGGAAGAGGGGGGCAAGCAUUAGCCUGCACUGCCUGCCAUUGGCUCUGGCGCCAUAUACUGUUGGGCUCCCUGCAUUCUGCCCCACCAGACCCAAUGGGCGCCAGCCACCACUGCCAUCAGACCAUUUCCUGGGUCAUCUCUCCAUUUUGAAGCAGCAGUUCAUGGUUCCUGCAGCUCAGGGCGCUCUUCCUGGGCCACCCCACUGCCAUGCAGCUUCCCAGUGGCAGCAGCACAAGCCAGGAUCUUCCUGUUUCCAAAUGGAGCCGUUCGCCACGAAUCCUACGCCGGCAUUUCCCUGCAGCUAAAUCUCUCGCCGGAGCCGGACAGCCAUCAAUAGCACUCGGUUAAUUAAUUUGAUGGGAACAGCAGGGAGCGCCGUUUGCACUUAGUGAAGUUCCCAGAAACUUCCAAGCUCAUCUCUGUAAUUGGCCUCAUAAAUUUGAGGAAAGAGAGAGCUCAGCAAAGCACACGGGAAGGAGAAGGAGGGGAGCAGCAUGCCGUGGCGGCCUUAGUUAAUUUUAUUGGAGAAAUUCAUCUUCCCUUCCCCUGCCGCUCGCUCUCCCUCCUGAUUUGCCUAAUCAUGAUAAACUCCCAUUCAUAUGUGCACCUACUGCACAGCCAUUCGCCGCCCUAAAAUAUUGACUCAUGAAUAUUAAGCACCCUCAUUAACAUGCAAAACCAGCGGGUGCCAUCUCUUCUGCCUAUCCGAGCACUUGUAAUUAAAAACUGAGCCACGAUGUGUGGGACUCUGUGAUAUAGCCAACCCAGGACAGCUGGGAACCACAAGGCUGGGGCUGCAAUGUCCUGCGAGGAAAAGGCCCAGGAAUGCUACACCCCACAAUCUUUGGGGACAUUCUCAAGGGCUCAGCAUCCAGUGAGAAAGGUCUAAGUCAGAGGUUUUCAACCUUUUUGAGUUCAUGGCUCCCUUAGCCAACUACAUUCUUUCUGCGGCACCCCUGUGGGGCUCAGGAGCCCAGUUAUGCAGGGCCAGCUCUACGUAGACCCCCAGUGGCACAGGGCACCAUGA